CCCCCACCCCCACCUGAGAGAGCCUUCUACUACUACCGCCCCCCCUUCACAGCUCCCUGGAAACAAGAGUCAGGCUCUGCAUACACCAUCAAGCAGCCCGCAGCCUCUCUCAGAUCCCACCUGGUCCCUGUGCUGCGCGUGUCCCUUCUUCCUUUCCUUCUUUCAGGGGAUGGCAGUGCCCCCCUGAAAAAGUCUGCUGCCCCCCUGAAAAAUGCCACCCUAGGCAACUGCUUGUUUGCCUUGUGGUAAAUACACCCCUGU